GUGCUUCCGGGCAGCGGGCCGGGGCUCCGGCUGUAGCCGCGGGAGGUCCGGACAGUGGCGGCCAUGGGACUCGUGGGUAAUAAAUGCCACACGUCUUGACUGGGUUGCUCUGAAGACUGAUGUGUAAACCUUCUCAGUAUGGCCUUUAGAGGAGGAGAUUGGCAUGGCCUGUCUCCCUCAGCUGCACUCCCUUGCACUAACUCUGGAAGAUAUUCCACAUAUAGAACUCGGACCCAUAACAUAUGCAUGGUAUCGGACUUUUUCUACCCCAAUAUGGGGGGCGUGGAAAGCCACAUUUACCAGCUCUCUCAGUGCCUGAUCGAAAGAGGGCACAAGGUCAUAAUUGUCACCCAUGCCUAUGGCAAUCGAAAAGGCAUCCGUUAUCUCACUAAUGGCCUCAAAGUCUAUUACUUGCCUCUGAAAGUCAUGUACAACCAGUCUACAGCCACGACCCUCUUUCACAGUCUGCCGUUGCUCAGGUACAUAUUUGUUCGGGAGAGAGUCACGAUAAUCCAUUCCCAUAGCUCGUUUUCUGCCAUGGCCCAUGAUGCCCUUUUCCACGCCAAGACCAUGGGGCUCCAGACAGUCUUCACGGACCAUUCCCUUUUUGGAUUUGCUGAUGUCAGCUCGGUGCUUACAAACAAGCUUCUAACGGUGUCUCUUUGCGACACAAACCACAUAAUCUGUGUCUCCUACACUAGUAAAGAAAACACUGUUCUAAGAGCCGCACUGAAUCCUGAAAUAGUGUCCGUCAUUCCGAAUGCUGUAGAUCCUACUGACUUCACUCCAGACCCAUUUAGACGGCCUGACAGUGUAAUGACUAUUGUUGUUGUCAGCAGACUUGUUUACAGAAAAGGGACUGAUUUGCUUAGUGGCAUAAUCCCCGAACUCUGUCAUAAAUAUCCAGAUUUAAAUUUCAUAAUUGGAGGAGAGGGACCAAAGAGAAUCAUUUUGGAAGAAGUCCGGGAAAGAUACCAGCUACAUGACAGGGUACGUCUCUUGGGAGCCUUAGAACACAAGGAUGUUAGAAAUGUCUUAGUUCAAGGACAUAUUUUUCUUAAUACCUCCCUCACCGAAGCAUUCUGCAUGGCAAUUGUGGAAGCAGCCAGUUGUGGUUUACAGGUUGUAAGUACCAGGGUUGGUGGAAUUCCUGAGGUACUUCCAGAAAAUCUUAUUAUUUUAUGUGAGCCUUCAGUAAAAUCUUUGUGUGAAGGAUUGGAAAAAGCUAUUUCCCAACUGAAGUCAGGAACAUUACCGGCUCCAGAAAGUAUCCAUAACGUAGUAAAGACUUUUUACACCUGGAGGAACGUUGCAGAGAGAACUGAAAAAGAAAAGGAUUUUUGCAUCUUUGGGCUGAUUGGGAACAUAACAAGGUAGAAUUCAAAAAGAACAUGAUGAAUGUUGGAGAAAUCAUCAGGAAUGAAAAGCAGCAACAGAGAAUUUCCAGAAGGACGAGUUCAGAAAAUAGAUUAAUCCCUUUAUGAAGGAAAGUACAAUUGUGGCAAAUAUUCCCUGUUUUGAGCUAGUGACUUCAUUUAUUCUACUCACUUUCGUCCUUUGUUUAAAUAACUCUGUUUACUUUGUCUACCUCACCCGUCCAAUCACCAAGUGACAGGCUAAAUGGAAGCAACUCUGCCUCUUACUGUGUAGGACUUGUGAAGCCGAAAGAUAGCAGUUGGGAGCGCAGAGAAAACCGUCCUUUAGGCUACUCCUUUUUUCAUACUGGCAGUUUGUUCUGUGGAUCAACAAGUUUCAGCCUAAAGUGGAUAGCAAGAAGCAGCUGAGUAAAGAGAUAGCUCUUUACUGUAAGGCUUUCUUAUUUGGUUUGAACUUGAAAGUCUAGUACAUAAGAUGAAGCCAUAUUUAAAAGCAAGUGUAAAAACUCAUGUCUAAAAAUUGCCAUACAAUACAUUUUUUGCUGAAAUAUGAGAUAUUUAAGUGAACAGUCAAACAUUUUGGACAGAAAUAUUUUGAGACACUCUCACCUUCUAGAAGUUUUACAGUAUGACCACCCAUAUGAAAUGGCUGCCUUUUCCUUGUUUUCCUUUGGAAGUUGGAGCCUAGUGCCGAUUACCCGUUGGGAGUGCAUGUCAGAAUCACCUAGGUGGCCUUUUAAACUCUGCAUGUCAUCUUCGUGCCCCGUCACCCAGCCACUCCCUGGAUUCUAAUAUGACUCUUUAGGAGCAGAACUGGAAUCUUGGUCAGCAGGGAUAUUUGGUUAGACAGGUAUUUUUUGGUGAUAUCCAUCUUAUUCUCCACCCUGAUUAAGGACCACAGUUCAUUUACUUGUGACCAGACCUUGAUAGAUAUCAUGUAAACCUCAUAAGUCAAAACUACUGCAGAUAAUAGAUUCAAGGGAGAGAACUGCUUAAUGGUGACAAUGGUCGGCAUAUUUUAAAGGGACUGAUUGGGGCCUUGGUGGCGCAGUGGUUAAGAGCUCAGGCUGCUAACGCGAAGAUCGGCAGUUCGAAUCCACUAGCUGCUCCUUGGAAACCCUAAUGGGCAGUUCUACUCUGUCCUAUAGGGUCGCUGUGAGUCGGAAUCAACCUGAUGGUAACGAGUUAAUUAGGAUUUUUUUAACCACAAAUUUUCUUUUAGUUAUAACACUUAAAGUAAUAGUAAAACAUCCAUUUUUUUAAUAUUCUAUUGUGAUUUAUAGUAUACAUUUAGAAUACAGCAAAUCCUUAUCUAUAAUGAUUUAUCAUCCCUAAGAUUCUCUUCAUAGUCAUAUAUUGGUAUUUUAUCACCUAGUAACAAAGGUGGGCAGCCAGGUCAGUUUGAUCCUUUGCAGUUUCUCCCCCUUAGUUUAGCUGUGCCAUUUAGAAAAUUGGUCAGGAAAUUAGAGUUCAUGCUGGAAAAAUACUCUUUCAGUUGCAACUUGCCAGUCUCAGUAUAAUAUUAAUUAAAAUGUUUGCGUUCAAAAUGGCCUCAGGGUAGAAGAGCUAGAUGGGAAUAUCCUGUACCUUUCCGAGGCCAUUGGAAACCCUGG